GGCACCUGCCUAUCUCCACGCACAAAUAGUAGCUCUAGAAUGAGCGAACCGAUUCGAACCAUCUUUUGAAGAAGCAGACACCUAAUGGAAUGUUGAUUGGUGGCCUUCUCUUACCACUUACCAGAUCUGCCAUAUCAUCUUUCUUCGUCGGCAUAAACAAGCUUUUCUUCCCAACGACACCAACUUCAGCAUCUCAUCCUAUACCACUCUUCUUCUCUUCCUUCUCCAGUUCCCAACCCUGCGCUUCAACUUCAGCUAAAAUGUGCUUUUCCCGCAUCUUCCAGGACUGCUCGGAGCUUCGGAAUCUGAGAACCGGACGGCAAACUCACGCGCAAAUGAUUAUACAUGGAUUCAUUCCGACCACCUUCGUUGCAAACUGUCUUCUUCAAAUGUACAUUCGGUGCAUAGAUUUGAACUCUGCGUGCAAAGUGUUCGACGGAAUGCCUGACAGGGAUGUCGUGUCAUGGAACGCUAUAAUAUCUGGUUACGUAGAGAGUGGUUUGAUGCGUGAGGCGCGGUAUUUAUUCAGAGUUAUGCCUGGCUGUGAUGUUAUCUCAUGGAACUCCAUGAUUUCAGGGUGCCUGAAAAAUGGAAACUUGAACGAGGCUGUUGAACUUUUCUUGGAGAUGAUGAAGAUGGGCGUGGAGCCAGAUCAUAUAACCUUUUCAUUAGUUCUGAAGUUGAUCUCUACUUUGAAUGAAUAUGAAAUGGGAGCUCAAAUUCAUGGGCUUGCGGUUAAAAAGGCUUUGGCUUUAGAUGUGGUGGCAGGAAGCGCACUUGUUGACAUGUAUGCUAAAUGUGGAAGCUUGGCUGAUUCCCUUUUCUUCUUCCGUGAAAUGCCACGAAGGAACUGGGUCUCCUGGAGCGCCAUUAUUGCGGGUUGUGCUCAGAAUGAGCGUUUCAUGGUGGGGCUUGAUCUGUUUCUUGAGAUGCAGAGAGAAGGAAUAGGAGUGAGUCAGUCAUCCUACGCAAGCCUCUUCCGAACUUGUGCAGGAUUGCCUUCUCUAGAGAUCGGAAAACAGCUUCACGGCCAUGCAAUGAAGAAUAAUUUCAUGGCAGAUGUCGUUGUUGGGACCGCUACUCUUGAUAUGUAUUCUAAAUGCGACAGUUUGGGCGACGCCAUGAGAAUAUUUUGGGAGCUUCCUGACCGUAGCCUGCAGACUUGUAAUGCCAUGCUUGUUGGGUUUGCUAGAAACGAGGAAGGAAUUGAAGCUCUGAACUUGUUCAAAUUCAUGAAUAUUUCAUGCAUUCUGGCCGAUGAAAUCAGCUUAUCUGCUGUUCUUAGUGCCUGUGCAGAAGCGAAAACAUGCUUGCAAGGCAUGCAAGUUCAUUGCUUGGCUGUCAAAACCAGCCAUGUGUUGAAUGUUUGUGUGAUGAAUGCGAUGUUGGACAUGUAUGGGAAGUGCAGAGAUUUGAUGAGUGCUUGUAAUGUUUUUCAAGAGAUGGAACAGAGAGAUUUGGUCUCCUGGAAUGCCAUUAUCACAGCACUUGAACAGAAUGGAAUUUACGGAGAGAUAUUUUCACACUUAAAUCAAAUGCUGCAUUGCCGUUUGGAGCCAGAUGUUUUCACCUAUGGCAGCAUUCUUAAAGCUUGUGCGGCGAAACAGUCGCUGGAUUAUGGAGUUCCAAUCCAUGGCAGGAUAAUUAAGUCGGGACUUGGUUCUGAUUCCUUUGUUGGAAGUGCACUCAUUGACAUGUACUGCAAAUGUGGAAUGUUGGAGGAAGCACAAAUACUCCAUGGCAGGAUAGAGAGCCAAACAAUGGUAUCAUGGAACACCAUAAUCUCAGGAUUUUCCUUGCAGAAAAGAAGCGAGGAAGCUCAGAAAUUCUUCAGCCAAAUGUUGGAAUUUGGUCUGCAGCCUGAUAAUUUCACCUAUGCUACAAUUCUUGACACAUGCGCCAAUCUAGCCAUGAUGAGCUUGGGAAAGCAAAUCCAUUCUCAGUUGCUCAAGCAGGAGAUGCACAAAGAUGUGUUCAUCUCAAGCACUCUCGUGGACAUGUACGCCAAAUGUGGGAACAUGCAGGACUCUCUCCUCAUCUUCGAAAAGACGCCAGAAAGAGACUUCGUCUCAUGGAAUGCCAUAAUAUCUGGUUAUGCAAAUCAUGGAUUUGGAUUCGAGGCACUCAGCAUGUUCGAGAGGAUGAAAAUGGAGAACAUUGCACCCAACCAUGCAACUUUCAUUGCAGUUCUUAGGGCUUGCGGGCAUGUGGGAUUGGUUGAUGAAGGCCUUCGCCACUUUGAAUCCAUGAAUGAGCUCUACAAUUUAGAACCAGAGCUGGAGCACUACUCUUGUAUGGUGGACCUGUUGGGGCGUUCCAAAGGCGUGCAUGAGGCAUUGGAUGUUAUCAAUGGUAUGGCAUAUGAAGCUGAUGCAGUCAUAUGGAGGGCUCUAUUAAGCGCUUGUAAGGUCCACAGAAACUUGGAGAUAGGAGAGCUAGCUUUGAAGAAAAUACUGUUGUUGGAGCCUGAUGAUUCAUCAGCAUGUAUUCUGUUAUCUAACAUAUAUGCAGAGGUUGGGAGAUGGGAUGGAGUUUCAGAGAUGAGAAAGUUGAUGAGGAGGAGUACGAUGAAGAAAGAACCUGGUUGUAGCUGGAUUGAAGUGAACAGUGAGAUGCAUUCUUUUAUUGCUGGUGACAAUUUGCACCCAUGGUCGGAGUGGAUAUUCGAGAUUCUGGAUAAUUUGACUGAAGAGAUGAUUUUGGCUUGGUGGGGAAAUGACCAGAGCUGCAUGGAGAAACUUGGUGUAACAGCUUGAACUCUCACCCAUCGAGAUAUUGUCCGCUUUGGCCUAAUGCCUCACGAUUUUGUCCUAUUGGUGUAACAUUUUAUAAGGUCACCCAUCCCAAAAGUGCUCCCGCACGAGCACACUUAACUUUGGUUGGAGUUUCUGAUGAAAUUAUAACCUCUACACCCAAAAGCACCUCGAUGUUUUAGACUUCAGCCUCAUUCUACUUAAAGUAUUUAACACUUAGAUUAGGAAUAUACACAGAUAAAAGAAAAAGUUAGAUAUCAACCAGUAACUGAUUUCACCAUUUAUAUGGCUGGCAGAAGAAUAUUUAUUGAUGCAUCAACAGAGUUAGAAUUCUGUAAAAUAAACUGAUGGUUAGCUUUGGAGGGAUCCCAACCAGGUAACAUUAACUCAGGCUCAUGCAACAGUUAAGCAUCAAACAUUCAUAGCAACAUGCUCUUCUGUUUGAGUUGAUUGAUAAUGGUUUCCAUGGGAACCCAAGUAGAUUAUCUUGGCACUUGUAGGGAGAACGAAGGGUUAGUACUGUAGAUAAACAGUCUGAAACUCUGGGUUCUGGGCCAUUAUAUACUGUGAAAAUCCUUUUUUUUUUUAAUUUCAAACUGUUUAUUACUUAUAUUCCAAAUUUUGUGGGAAGAUAUUACAGAAAUUGUUUCUUUGUA